CUAGUCAGUCAAAAACUGGAGUUUUUGUUUAACCUCGUCGUUGGCAGAUAAUGGGGGGGGUGGGGGGGACUGCAUACUUGUCUGCGGCAUUCCUGGCGGGGUCAGUUCGAGCUCCAUUUCCUCUGGUGCAGUUUGCCGGUCUUGCUGCAGUAAGGCCUGGUCCUCCGGGGCGGACGUGUCCAUCUCUUGGGGAGGACAUUCAUCACCAUGGUUCUUCGACACCCCACAGAUCAGGCCGUGGAGCAGAGGCGGUCGUACUAGAAGAGCAUUUUGGUGAUCGACCUGUUGCUGCCAAUAGAUGUGCAGCUGUUCUUGUUGUUGUUGCAGCACUUGUUGCUGCUGGCAGCAUAGCUGCUGCUGCCAUUGCAAGUGCAUUUGCUGGAGAAGCUGCUGUUGUUGGAUCAGCCUCUGCUGGUACUGCUGCUGAUGAUAUUGCGCCAUUUGAGUUUGCAACAAGAUGUGGAGUUGCUCCUCACAUUGGUUAUUUUGUUGCUGCUAGAGCUCCUGGGUCUGUCUCUGUGCGUGAGUCAACAACUGCAGUUGGGCUUGUUGUUGGUGCUGGUGAUAUUGGUGCUGCAUUUGUUGGUGCUGUUGUUGUUGGUAUUGCUGUUGCAGCUGCAGUUGCUGAUGUUGUUGCAGCUCUUGGAGGUAGGCAGUUUGAUGCUGAGAGAGCUCAGGCAGUUGCUGCUGCUGAGGCUGCUGUUGAUGAGGGAGUAGUUGCCUAUCCGGAUGUGCAUCCAGGUGCGUAUGAUGCUCUUGACACACAUCCAUGUGCAGCAGUCUGUCAGCCGAGUCCACUUGCUGCUGUUGAUCCCCAGUGGAGAACUGCUGUGGGUGACUCGUAGCCUGUUGUCCCUCCCCCUCCCCCUGUUCUUCCUGCAGAUCGCAGUGGUGGGACAACAUCUCUGCAGAUAGUUGGUUGGCACGGGCUGUGCCGUCGCUGUUGGAAUGGGCAGCGGGCUGAGUCCUGGGUUGGGAAGAGGCCGCCCCUUUGAUUUUGUUUAUCAGCGAAAUUGCUUUAAGCC